AUGACUGAGAACGCUGGCGUCAUUGGCAAGGAAGUUGAGCGGAUACCUCUGAGUUUUUCAAUCAGCAGGAUUCUUAGCAACGCAGACGACAAGGCAUCACGUGGGUCAACGGAGCACGUGACGGAGGCCAUUCACAGACUUCCCCGUCCAUACGGCGCGAAGAUUCAAUACUAUACCCCAUUCACUGAAACUGGGGCGGACUGUCAUUUUGAAUGCAAUGUUGAACAACGUGCGUGCAGCACACCGGAAACCGAAUAUCCUUCACCGACGCCUGCUGGGCAUCGCUUGAUUUUCAGACCCUUUCCGGUUGCAGUCGAUACAUAUCGUUCCAUUCCGUACACAGUGCCUACCCGUAGUUAUGUCGGACAACAUAAGGACAGCGCUCGACAGUACCCGGUUCAAACAUCAACUUUCUACGCGGUUCAAAACUGUCGUAACGUCGACGACAACGAUGUGUAUGAUUCCAACAGAAGUAGUCCGGAACCGGAAAGGAAUGUUUGCACCAAUGAUCAAAGCGAUAUAAGCUUGGAUUCACUCGGCGAGAGCUGCCAUCAGUCCCCGAGUCCGUUCAAGUCUAAAAAGAAGAAGAAGUUAAGAACGGUUUUCUCACGAAGUCAAAUAUACCAACUCGAGGCUGCUUUUGACAUGAAACGCUAUCUAACCGAUGCAGAGAGAGCCGGACUUGCAGCCAGCCUGAAAUUAUCUGAAACCCAGAUAAAAAUCUGGUUCCAGAACAGAAGAAAUAAAUGGAAGCGACAGAUUAACGGAGAGAUGGACGAGAUUCCAAUUUCCCCUGCUUUCGCUUCCAGAUUCCUGCAGAAUGGUUUAUAUCCCAUGAAUAGUGCGCGCGCAGAUCUCGUGCUAACUGGACCAUCACUUCCGGCGCAUGUUAAUGUCUCUCCUUACCAACGAGAGAGUCUUCAGUUUCCCUACCGAACAUAA